CUCUUUCAUCCUUAAACCUCUGCCACUUUUCAGUUCUCACCUGCUUCUCUAUCUCAAAGUCUCACCCUUAACCCUAAAUUUAGCCAAGGCCAGCAUGCCAAAAUUUAAUCUCUUUUCUUAGCAAGCAAAACCCUAAACCUUUCUCCUUCCUUGUCUCUCUUACAACCCACAUGUUACUAUUUCAAGCAUGAAGUCUCUUAUAGCUCCACCAUUCGCACACACACCCUUUGUCUCUUUACCUCACAAAGGCCUCACCGUUCCCUCAAAAUCCAUUUUUUGUAACCCUACAACUCUGCAACCCUAAGAUUUAUCCACACUAAAUCUGAACCCCCAAUGGCUUCGCCUAAAUUCCCGCUUUUUUCUGUUCAAAAUCGAAGCUUGCAAACCAAGGCCUCUAAUUCUUCAGCAUCAGGUGAAGUUCACGUGAUUGUGGACCCGUUUGCCGGCAAAACGACCACGCUUCUUCGAAGGAUCCAAGCGGAGACCGAGAAGGGCAGAAGUGUAGCAGUAAUAAAAUCCAACAAGGACACAAGAUUUGGAUUGGAUUCUAUAGUUACACAUGAUGGAGUGAAAUUGCCAUGUUGUGCAUUGGCGAAUUUGUCAUCAUUCAGACAAAAAUUUGGUUGUGAUGCUUAUGAUAAGCUAGAUGUGAUUGGCAUUGACGAGGCUCAAUUCUUUGAAGACCUUUAUGAUUUUUGUAGUGAAGCUGCUGAUCAUGAUGGAAAAACUGUGAUAGUUGCUGGAUUGGAUGGUGACUAUUUGAGAAGGAGCUUUGGUUCUGUGCUUGAUAUAAUUCCCCUGGCUGAUUCUGUUACUAAAUUAACCGCUCGAUGCGAAUUCUGCGGGAAGCGUGCUUUCUUCACCUUAAGGAAGACGAAAGAGACACAGACUGAACUGAUUGGAGGAUCUGAUAUCUACAUGCCUGUAUGCCGACAGCACUAUGUUAGCGGACACGUAGUUGUAGAGGCUGCAAGAAUUGUUCUAGGGUCGCAGAAGUCUCAAUGUGAAUCAUGUGCAGUGUAGUUCAGCCCUUUCAUGCUCGCACGAGAUCCAGAUUUUCCUUGAGCAUUCAGCUGGAUGUGUGAAAAUUUGCUGUGUAGUUUGCACAGCAUAUUUGAACUCAUUGCUUUUUGACAUAUAGGAUCUUCAUCAUAGUAUGCCUUGUGGCUGUGGCCCGGAUAGUAAUGUAGACAAAGUUGGGCUUCUUUGUCCCAUCAAUAUGUAUUUUGAAAGGGAAAAAUUAGAAUUAGAAAUCUAUGAUUGUAUUCAACUCUGAUGAUUUUUAAUCCUAUUGUGACACGGUUGUGGUUUGAAACUUUGAAUAUACAAAAGAUAAGAUCCUUCAUAAG